AUGGGAGUCAACUUCGAAGUAACCAAAAAGACGGGGGACUCCGCACCGGAGAGUAAGACGAGCGCAAGGUUUGGGCGGUGGGAAGAGCUGACGCGCCCCGACAGCCGUCCGACCACAGAAUGCGCAGCUGUCAUCGACAGGUCCCCCGCCUCCCAUCACAACAAAUUCCCAUGA